AUGAUUAACAACUUUGUUCCUCGAUCUUUUGGAGCUCUUGCAGCUUCCGGGCUACUGUUUGCAUCAGCUGCCGUGGCAUCUUCAGCAGGAGUUCCUCCAGCUGGCGAAGAUAGCGGGGAGCUUGUAAAUAUCGAAUUCGGAAAAUGGAUGCUCGUAGCCCUCGGGGCUUUCGCCGGAAUUCCAUUAAUCUACCGUCUUGUAUCAGUUGUAUAUUGCCAGAUUCGUCUCAUGGCCUCACUGGGUCUCGAAAAUCAAACCUAUUUCUCCAGCCACAAGCACGAAUGGGUCUCCUGGCUCAAGAUUAACAUCCUCUACGCCCCCUUCUGGAAGAACCGACACAAUAGAGAACUACAGAUUUCACGGGCUCUCGACAUUGGUACUCUCCCAACUAGGUUCGAGUCGUUCUUUUUGAUUGGAUAUGUGGUCGGCAACAUUGUCUUCUCGCUGCAUAAGAUCGACUGGGACGGCCAGACGACUGCCAUCCUUGGUGAGAUCAGGAACAGGACAGGUGUGCUAUCUACCAUCAACUUGGUACCGCUUUUUUUGCUGGCUGGGAGGAACAACCCGUUGAUUCAGUUGAUGGGCAUCUCAUUCGACACAUACAAUUUGGUACACAGAUGGCUGGGUAGGAUCGUGGUAACGGAGGCAUUCGCACAUUCAGCGUGCUGGGCUGCCGCCAAGGUUAUGAAUGGCGGUUGGGCACCGGUGGGUGCGGCAAUUCAAGGGAGUGUGUUCAUCCAGAUGGGAUUCGUCGGAACUUGUGCGUUCGUCUUCCUGAUGUGCCAUUCACCCUCGUCACUUCGCCAUGCAUUCUACGAGACCUUCUUGUUCUUGCAUAUUGUUGCAGCUGCGGUGGCUUUGGGUGGAUUGUGGAUGCAUCUCGACUACAAGAAGUACAGAUGGCUCGUAUACGUCAAGAUUGCCAUCGCCCUCUGGGUGUUUGACCGCAGUGUCCGUCUCUUCAGAAUCAUCUACCGCAAUAUCGGAAAGCGUAUGACCACUGCCACCGUUGAGAUUCUACCUGGCGAGGCCAUCCGUGUCACUCUCAAACUCGCCCGCCCGUGGAAAUUCCGCCCCGGCCAGCAUGUAUACCUCUAUGUCCCCUCGGUCGGCCUUUGGACCUCGCACCCCUUCACGAUCGCAUGGGGCGAGCAGCUCCAGCAGAAUCACAAGAUUGAUGAUGAGCGUCUCUCGUUCCAUAGACAGGACCUGAUGCAUAUUGGCGAGAAGACUAUGUCACUGGUGAUUCGUAGGAGAACAGGGUUCACAAAUGCACUUUUCAACAAGGCGGACAGAACACCAAACAAGGUUAUAACGUUGAAGGCACUAGCUGAGGGGCCUUACGGAAAGGUGGAUAGUCUUGCGAGUUACGGGACGGUGGUUUUGGUUGCCGGAGGAGUCGGAAUUACACACCCCGUUCCUCAUAUCAGAGAGUUGGUGGAGGGAUAUGCGAAGGGCACUGUAGCGACGAAGAGGAUUGUAUUGGUGUGGGUUGUUCAGAGUCCUGAGCAUCUGGAGUGGAUUCGUCCCUGGAUGACAGAUAUCCUUGCGAUGGAAAGACGCCGCGAGGUCCUUGAGAUCCAGCUGUUCGUCACCAGACCAAGCUCAACUAAGGCUAUCCACAGCCCUUCAGCAACUGUACAGAUGUUCCCAGGCAGACCCAACAUCGACACUAUUCUCGAUCGUGAGAUCGACCGCCGCAUGGGCACAAUGGGUGUAACAGUCUGCGGAAGUGGCUCGCUGAGCGACGACGUCCGCAGAGCUGUACGUGCAAAGAUGGAUAUCGCCAAUAUCGACUUUAUCGAAGAGGCUUUCUCUUGGUAA